GUUGGAUUCGGCGAGAGAGAAAGAGAGAAAGAGAGAGGGAAGGAUGGUGUCGGGAUCAGGGAUCUGCGCCGGGAGAGUGGUGGUGGACGCAAGGCACCACAUGCUGGGGAGACUGGCGUCGAUAUUGGCGAAAGAGUUGCUGAAUGGGCAGAAAGUGGUGGUAGUGAGAUGCGAGGAGAUCUGCCUCUCUGGUGGACUCGUUCGCCAGAAGAUGAAGUACCUGAGGUUCCUCCGCAAGCGCAUGAACACCAAGCCCUCUCAUGGGCCCAUCCACUUCCGCGCCCCCUCCAAGAUCCUCUGGCGUACCAUCCGUGGGAUGAUUCCGCACAAGACCAAGCGUGGAGCAGCAGCCCUUGCACGAUUGAAGGCUUAUGAGGGAAUCCCUCCACCAUAUGAUAAGAUGAAGAGGAUGGUCAUUCCUGAUGCACUCAAGGUUUUGAGGCUUCAGGCUGGACACAAGUACUGCUUGCUUGGCCGGCUUUCCUCAGAGGUUGGAUGGAACCAUUACGAUACCAUCAGAGAGCUGGAGAAGAAAAGAAAAGAGAGAGCUCAGCUGGCAUAUGAGAGGAAGAAGCAACUGACUAAACUUAGGGUGAAGGCUGAGAAAGUGGCUGAGGAGAAGCUUAGCACCCAACUAGACAUCCUUGCUGCUGUUAAGUACUAAAUUUCUAUAGACUACUUAGUUGAUUACAAUUUUGUUGAGAGGAUUAUUUCCUGCUGAAUUUGCUUUCAGUUUCGAUGAUUUCUUUUAAGACAAUAGAGGGCUCUAGAUAUCUGGAUAAAUUAUGAACGGCCAUCUGUGUUUUCCUACUUUUUGGUUCUACUUGUGAUUCAAAACAGGGAAUACUUUUAAUUUGGGUCCAUGUUUAUCUGCUGCC